AUGUCGUCUGAAGAUAAACGACCAACGACAAGCAAAGCUAGUCGGCUACAGCCAGGUGGUGCCAUAGAUCCAGAUGCUUCAAGAUUAGAUCUACAGCUUCAAAAGAGCUUUUCUGGCCAAUUUUUCGACGACCAAUCCGUAUAUAACCAACGAGAAGCUCAAACAUAUUAUGCAAGCAGCUCAGAUGGGGAUUCACCCGCGGCCGAAAAGUCAGGCUCUCGAUCUCGAUUAGGAAAUGAGGGAGGCGACUCGAAGAAGUUUGGAAAAGAUGACGAUAUAGAAUCUCCGAUCGAUAGUGAUAUUGAAAAAGGUGUUCUAGACUCGUCUGACGAUGAUGGCAAGUUGCAAUUAUCAAAGACGAAGAGUGGCAAGAGCGGAAGGAGUAACAGACGGGAUCCUAAUUUGGUGGACUGGGACGGGCCAGAUGACCCUGAGAACCCUCUGAAUUGGAGUAUCAAGAAGAAGUGGAUUGCGACAGUAGUCGUUUCAUCCUUUACUUUCAUAUCUCCGGUGUCUUCGUCCAUGGUUGCUCCUGCAAUACGUUCAAUAUCACAGGAUUUGAAUAUUACAGGAACCGUGGAAGCACAGCUAACACUAUCCGUUUUCGUGCUUGCAUAUGCUAUAGCACCUUUGUUCGUGGGUCCGCUAAGUGAAGUGUACGGGCGGGUACCCGUAAUUCAACUUUCGAACCUAUUUUACUUAAUCUUCAAUACAGCUUGUGGUGCGAGUCAGACAAAGGUUCAAAUGAUCGUAUUCCGCUUCCUAGCUGGGGCGGGAGGUGCUGCUCCUUUGGCAUUGGGUGGUGGUAUCCUCAGUGAUGUUUGGCCUCCAGAGCAACGUGGCAAAGGUAUCUCGAUGUACUCGUUAGCUCCACUACUUGGACCAGCGAUCGGACCGAUUGCUGGUGGUUGGAUCGUUCAAUCCGGUCUCGGAUGGCGAUGGAUCUUUUUCAUCGUCUCGAUCGCCGAUGCUGUUAUCCAAGUACUAGGUCUUCUCUUCCUUCAGGAAACUUAUGCUCCAAAACUUCUGGAAAUCAAGGCUCGCCGUCUACGAAAAGAAACCGGAAACACACAUCUACAUACACCCUACGAGGCUGACGAGAAGAGGAAAUUGAGUAAGAUCCUAAGAAAGGCUCUAGUCCGGCCAUUCAUCCUUCUUGGGACACAACCUAUCGUGCAAUUCAUGGCAGCCUAUAUGGCGUUUUUAUACGGAAUGCUGUACCUUGUACUGUCGACAUUCCCAGCACUGUGGGAAGGGAAAUAUGGCCAAUCAGUUGGCAUUGGGGGCCUGAACUACAUAUCUUUGGGACUGGGUUUCUUUCUCGGCACCCAGAUAUGCGCUCCAAUCAACGAUAGGAUCUACGUAAAACUUAGUAGACGAAAUAACAACAUCGGCCUCCCAGAGUUUCGGGUACCGUUGAUGCCGAUCGGAGCUGUUCUCGUGCCCGUAGGCCUGCUUAUCUACGGUUGGACAGCGCAAUCAGUAACACAUUGGAUCUGGCCAAACAUCGGUGCCUGUAUCUUCGCCGGAGGCUCUAUUAUGGGCUUCCAGAGUAUCCAAACCUAUAUUAUCGACUGCUACACUCGAUAUGCUGCUAGCGCUAUCGCUUCGGUCACCGUUUUGAGAAGUUUAGCCGGGUUCGCGUUCCCGUUAUUCGCUCCGACGAUGUAUGAAAAGCUUGACUAUGGGUGGGGUAAUACUACAUUGGCAUUGAUUGGCAUUGUUAUUGGCUGGCCCGGGCCGUUUAUUUUGUGGAAAUGGGGGGCGAAUCUUAGAGAAAAAAGUCAGUUUGCCGCUGGAAAUUAG